ACUCUGAGAAUAUAUAAGGAUAAGCUUGUGACGUUCGAUAUCCAGAGCUCUGUAGUGGACGGUGAAGGUCAAAGAAUUCAAAAUCUAUGCAAUAAACUGCAAGACAAAAUGAAAGACCUGUUGAAGGGAAAUAUCCAAAAGCUCAAACGUUUACCAGCCAUUGUCAGGGGAGGUGUGCAUGACAGAUACUGGCCUACAGAAGACGAGCGAUUAAUUGAGUACGACAUUGAUGACACAGUUUAUGAAGCAGAUUCUCGAUAUCAGAACAUCAAGAUUCUUCAUUCAAAACAGUUUGGAAACAUUCUUCUCCUCAACGAUGAUAUUAAUUUAGCAGAGAGUGACCUCCCUUAUACACAAGCCAUAAUGGGCAGUGGAACAGAGAACUACACAGGGAAAGAAGUUCUUAUUCUAGGAGGAGGAGAUGGGGGAAUCCUACAGGAACUGGUGAAGUUAAAGCCAAAGAUGGUCACCAUGGUGGAAAUUGACCAAAUGGUGAUUGAUGCAUGUCGCAAAUACAUGCGCAAAGCUUGUGGAGAUGUUCUGGAUCAUCUGAAAGGCGAUUGCUACCAGGUGUUAGUGGAAGAUUGCAUUCCAGUGUUGAAGAGAUAUGGUGAGGAAGGAAGGCUGUUUGAUUAUGUAAUUAAUGACCUAACAGCUAUUCCUAUCUCCACUUCUCCAGAAGAAGAAUCUACUUGGGAGUUUUUGCGAUCUAUUCUUGAUCUUUCUGUGAAGGUUCUGAAACCCACUGGGAAAUACUUUACCCAGGGUAACUGUGUGAACAUGACAGAAGGAUUGGCAAUGUAUGAAGAGCAGCUUAACAGGCUAUCCUGUCCUGUGGAAUUUUCAAAGAAAGUUGUAUGCGUUCCCUCAUACAUGGAAUUGUGGGUGUUCUACACUGUCUGGAAAAAGUAAAGCUAGUCUUUACAGAAGAAAAAGUUACAAGUUGUAAUUUUAUGAAACCCAAUAAAAUCAUUAAAACACAAAAAAUAAUUACAGAACUAUGUGCUGCAUGAUGCUUCCUUCCUAGCUUCCACCUGUUGCAUGUUCUAUCCCAAAUUGAACAAAUACUGUAAGCUUAAAUCAAGACUACAGCUGUCCAAUAUGUAUUGGAUCGUGGUGUGAUUUGAUUCUUUUCAGGAAAGAUCCAGCUUGUAUAUUUUGGUGAGUUUUUUUUUAAAUUUCUAGGCAAUCAAUUUACAUUUUAAGUGGAAGUGCAAGGAGGAUACUGAAUGCACUGGACCAUUGAAUGUUACUGUUAACCUGAAUCUAGAUCUUUUGCUUUAUAAAUAUUUAAUAGAUUGGUUCAGAUUUGUGUUUAGUGGUGAUGUUUUAUCCCAGUUAUUUUUUUAUCCCAGAAUCUUUAACCCUUUAGAUAUAUUAUUGCCAUUGCAUGUUUGAAAAUUGUACGUGUGUUUAUCAUGAAACAUCUGAGUAAACUGACGUUUUACAAUUU